CACGCUGGACCUCACCGCAAAUAUAUAGGUGGGGAUUGAUUUCUUCCCAUUGCAGUUGGCAAACUGUAGAUUCGGCCUAAUCGGAUAAUCACAUAUCCUCCUGUCUUGGCUUUUCACUUCACUGAUCCCUAUGGCAACUGAAAGUGGUGACAAUAAGCUAAAGCUGUAUUCGUACUGGAGGAGCUCAUGCGCCUUUCGAGUCCGAAUUGCUCUCAACCUGAAAGGGAUAAAAUAUGAGUACAAAGCAGUCGAUUUGCUGAAGGGAGAACACUCUCACCCUGAUUUCCUGAAGCUCAAUCCUGUCGGUUUUGUUCCCGUCCUCGUGGAUGGGGACUUUGUAAUUUCUGACUCUUUAGCCAUCAUUAUGUAUCUGGACGAUAAGUUUACUCAGUGUCCAUUGCUUCCUCCUGAUUUACAUAAAAGAACGAUCAAUUUUCAGGUUACGCAUAUUGUUUCCUCCAGUAUACAGCCCUUGCAAAACAUGAGUGUAUUGAACUAUAUCGGGGAAAAGGUUAGCCCUGAUGAAAAGCUUCCUUGGGCCCAACGUGUUAUACGAACAGGCUUCACUGCUAUAGAAAAACUAUUGAAAGGCCACACAGGAAGAUAUGCUACUGGAGAUGAAAUUUUCCUGGCUGAUUUGUUUUUAGCACCUCAAUUAUAUAAUGCGACGAGGUACAAUGUUGACAUGGUAAUGUUCUGUACACUGUUGCAUUUAUUCCCUCUUUUUGGCCAAGAUUGGUAUGGUGGUAUUGAAGUAUCUGAGUUGUAUUACUCUGUAAUAAUUCUGCCUCUUUUAUUCCAUAGCUUUAGAUUCUGGUGGAGUGGUUUUUGGAUGAGUGAGAUAAGUCCUUAUCUAGUGUCACCUCAUAUCUCAUUGUUAGGUUCUCGCUUAAUUCUGGUGACUUACAAGCCUUUUGCCACUUGCUGAUCAUUUAUAAGUUUGUAAUAUAGCCAAUGUUCUAAAUGUUGAAUUUGUCAUAGGCCAUUCAAUCAAGAAUAAAAGGGGGAGAAGAAGGGUUAUGAGUACGGUCCGGAUUAAAGCCUUUUCUAUGUUAUCAGCUCGCAAUUUGUGAUAACCUAUUCAUUUUUCCCACGUUUUCUUUUUCAUCUGUUUAUUUGAUCUUUUUAUAGUAACUAACCUUUACAUACUUUAGUUUUCCUUUCCGAGUAGCCCUGGAACCAAAGAACAAAAAACGUGACUUGGUCUCCUCUGUUCUUUCCAUAAAUUUCGAUCAUAUAAUCAGCUAAGACAUCAUCAUG